AAACCACCAGGAAGCCAUGGAGCAGCUGAAGCAAGCACUCACAUCCGCACGAGUGCUCAUCUUGCCAGACCCCGAAUGCGACUACGUCAUCGAAACUGACGCCAGCGACCAGGCAGUGGGAGUAGUCUUGAUGCAAGACCAGGGGAAUGGACUGCAACCAAUCGCCUACCUCAGCAAGAAACUACACGGGGCAGAACUCAACUACCCGAUACACGAUAAGGAGGCCCUGGCUAUCAUCAUCGGAUUCAAAACGUGGAGAUGCUAUCUUGAAGGACGCAAGACGACAGUCUACACCGACCAUUGCAGCCUAAAAUAUUUGAAGACACAACCAAGCCUCUCCAGGCGAUAGGUUCGGUGGAUCGACUUCCUCAAGAC